AUGCCAUUCCUCCCUCAGGACGCGGAGCGGUUCAAUGGGUUGUCUCUGCUGUACUGGACCAUCAUGGGCCCCCACGGCAUCAGCAGAGCUGUCCACAGGCUGGAGUUCUCCGACUGUAGGAAGGGACUGGGAGUCAAAGUGAUCGGAGGUUACAGAGAGCCGACCGGGGAAGACUUUGGGAUCUUCAUCAAGAGGGUGAUCCCUGGAGGCCUGGCUGCUCUGGACGGUCGUUUGAAGUCUGGGGACCUGAUUUUGGAUGUUAAUAACUUCAGUCUGGUUGGCGUGACCAAUGAGAGGGCGGUGGAGAUCUUGAGAACAGCUUCGCUCUCUAAUCACAUGUCUCUGCUGAUCGCCAGAGACGACGAGUCCAGGAGGGAGUUUUCAGAGCUGAUGGAGAAGUAUGGCUCCAACAACGUCCCAUCUUCAGGCCGAAUCUCUCCGCCUCAACUGUCCUCAGGGAAGCUGACGGACACGGCCUCCUCCUCCUCCUCCUCACGCUCAGAGAGCCCCCAGUUACUCAGUCCUAAGGAGGGCGGAGUCACAUCAUAUAGCCACAUCCCACACUACACCUCCAGCCCCGUCUACACUAAUGUGCACACGCCACCCUUCAGCGACAGCAUCAUCCAGCUGAUAUGUGUUGCCAAGGCAACAGGCCUAGGGCUCGUCAUCAAGGGCGGAGCCAACCGAGCCGAAGGACCAAUGGUGUUCAUUCAGGAAAUCGUUUCUGGAGGAGACUGUCAGAAGGACGGACGGCUGCAGGUGGGGGACCAGCUGGUGUCCAUCAACAAGGAGUCUCUGAUCGGGGUGACGUACGAGGAGGCCCGGAGCGUCCUGACACGCACAAAACUCAGACCGGACCCCACGGUGGAGAUCGCCUUCAUCAGACCCAGGUCUUCCUCCAGCUCCAGCAGCGGCUCCCACAGCCCCGUCUGCCCGCAGGGCUGUGGAGGGGGGCCCCAGGCGAGGGGCCCCGGGCCGGGCCCCCCCUUGCAGCCGGCUGUGGUGACUAAGAUCACAUCAAGCAGAAACCCAACGUGUGAGACGCUGCCGCCCGUCAACAUCAGCCAGGUUCGUGUGUCUCCGAGCAGACUGGACCAGACUGCUGUCCCCUCGUCCCCUCAGAGUGACAGCAGCAACGAGACAAACCCAGACUCCAUUAGCCCAGUGGCUCAGAGGACGUGUUCCCUCGGCGCCGGCUGCCGGUUCAAACUGGAUCGACUGGAGCAGGCUCUGGGUCUGAUCGGUCUGAAGCUCACAGAGGCUCAACAACAGGCUCUGCGGUCCAGACUACGAGCGGAUCCAAAGGGGACGGUGGCUUUUACAGAUUUUGAGGUUCUGAUCCGGGACUUGUUCAAACCCCAGCUGGACGAGCUGUUCGGCAACCAGCCAGGGUCCAGGUUCAGGUCUGAAGACCUCUGCAGCCUCCUGGAGUCCCCCACCAACCCACCGCCAUGUCUGUCAGACUCGGAGGACCUGGAGGACUUGGAGCAGGUCAGGAAGGAUCUCAUGGAUGCUCUGAAGGAGGUCCAGGUUCUGCAGGAGCAGCUGGUCCAGUCUCAGAGGGUCCACCAGGAGCUGCAGGAGGAGCUCAGUCGAGUGCGACAGGAGGCGACAGUCGAAGCAGAGGAGAGCCAGGCUCUGAGGAACCGGGUCCAGCUGGCUGAGGAGGCCCAGAAGCAGGCCAGGGGUAUGGAGAUGGACUACGAGGAGGUGGUCCGCCUGCUGGAGGCCGAGAUCGCCGAGCUGAAGACCCAGAAGGCGGAGCCUCCGGCGCAGAAGAAGGAGGAGGCGGAGCAGCUGAAGGUGGCGGUCCUCGAGUGUCAGCUACGGAAGAGCGAAGCAGCCAAAAAGGGUUUUGAGACAUCAACAGGAAAGCUGCUGAGUUUUGUGGAGAACGUCCAGGAGUUCCUGAUGGAAUGUCACGGACCCACCAAGAGCUACAGCUCCGGAGACGUUAAAGUCGGCUCAGUGCCUCACGGACUUCCUCCUCGCUACAAGAAGAGUCUGUGGACGGCAGCCUCGCUGGCCCAGGAGGCCAAGGAGCUGACCCGGUCCGUCAGAGCUGUCCUGGAUGUCGACUGUCUUCCUUACGGCUGGGAGGAGGCGUUCACCUCAGACGGAGUCAAAUAUUAUGUCAAGGAGCUGAUGAAACGGACUCAGCUGAAACAGUUCUGCUCAGCCUCAGAACCUGCCCGGUUCUCCUCAGGACAUUGGACGAUCCUCAUCACCUUCAUCAUCUUCAUCGUCUUCAUCACCUUCAUCACCUUCAUCACCUUCAUCACCUGCAUCCUCAUCGUCACAUGA